AUGUCUGAGUUCCUCCUCCUGGGGCUCCCCAUACAGCCAGAGCAGCAGGGCAUGUUCUUUGCCCUGUUCCUGGGCAUGUACCUGAGCAUGAUGCUGGGGAACCUGCUCAUCACCCUGCUCAUCAGUCUGGACUUUCACCUCCACACCCUCAUGUACAUCUUCCUCAGCCACUUGGCAUUCACUGAUGUCUCUUUUUCAUCUGUCACAGUCCCUAAGAUGCUGAUAAACGUGCAUAUUUGGGAUCAAUCAAUCCUCUAUGCAGAGUGUGUAACACAAAUGUAUUUUUUCUUAUUUUUUGUCUCUAUUGAUAACCUUCUUAUUGCAGUGAUAGCAUAUGACAGGUAUGUGGCCAUUUGUCACCCACUACACUACACCACCAUCAUGAGGGAGGAGCUGUGUAUAUUUCUGUUAGCUGGAUCUUGGCUCCUCUCUUGUGCUGGUGCCCUGUCCCACACUCUCCUCCUGGCUCAACUGUCCUUCUGUGCUGACAACACCAUCCUGAACUUCUUCUGUGACCUUGCUGCCCUGUUUAAGCUCUCCUACUCAGACACUUCCCUCAAUGAGAUUUUUAUCUUCACUGUUGGGGAAUUGGUCAUUAUCCUGUCAUUUAUUGGUGUCCUGCUCUCUUUUAUGCCCACAUUGGGGCCACCAUCAUGA